AUGCGCCCGCGCUCCCGAUCAAGCGCUACGCCGCCGACCAGCGACCCGGCGCGCGGCCACUCGUACGACUUGACGCCGACGACGUCGGGGAAAGGCGAGCACUACGUCCUGUCGCCCAAGCACCUCGUGCACGUCAAGCCGCGAGAGCCCGCCGAGUGCAUCCCGAUUGCCGAGUGGGUCUACGACACUCAAAUGUUUGACCCGUUGCUCCAGAGCAUUCCGCUCUUUUAG